AUGAUGUCCAUGAACAGCAAACAGCCAGCCUUCGGGAUGCAUCACACCCUACCUGAGCACAAGUACACUUCUCUGCACUCCAGCUCGGAAGCAAUAAGGAGAGCCUGUCUACCAGCGCCGCCGCAACUGCAGAGCAACCUCUUCGCCAGCUUAGAUGAGACCCUGCUCGCCCGCGCCGAGGCUCUGGCGGCCGUGGAUAUCGCCGUGUCCCAGGGCAAGAGCCACCCAUUCAAGCCGGAUGCCACCUACCACACCAUGAACACGGUGCCAUGCACGUCUACCUCGAGCGUCGCCCUGCCGCACCCGUCCGCCCUGUCCUCGCACCCCCACGCCCACCACCACCACCAUCCCCACCAGCCGCACCAGCCGCUCGACCCGGGGGAGCUCAUCGACCACCUCAGCUCGUCCUCGCUGACCCUGGCCGGGGCCAUGGCAGUGGCCGGAGGAGGGGGAGGAGGAGGAGGAGGAGGGGGGGACGGGGGCGGAGGGGGAGGUGGUGGUGGGGGUGGGGGUGGAGGAGGCGGCGGCGGGGUGGUGUCGACCUCCUCCCACCCCCACGCGGCUCACAUGCACGGCCUGGGCCCCCUGAGCCACCACCACCACCAUCACCACCACCACCACCACCCUCACCCCCACCAGGCGGCCAUGGGCAUGGCGCCGCACCCUCACGGCCUGGUGGGCCACGGCGUGGCGGGGUCCGGCCUGCCCUCGGUCAACGACGUGGACGCCGACCCGCGGGAGCUGGAGGCGUUCGCCGAGCGCUUCAAGCAGCGGCGGAUCAAGCUGGGGGUGACCCAGGCGGACGUGGGCGCGGCCCUGGCCAACCUGAAGAUCCCGGGCGUGGGCUCGCUCAGCCAGAGCACCAUCUGCCGCUUCGAGUCGCUGACCCUGUCGCACAACAACAUGAUCGCGCUGAAGCCCAUCCUGCAAGCGUGGCUGGAGGAGGCGGAGGGCGCACACCGCGACAAGAUGAACAAGCCCGACAUCUUCAACGGCGGCGAGAAGAAGCGCAAGCGGACGUCCAUCGCCGCCCCGGAGAAGCGCUCCCUCGAGGCUUACUUCGCCGUCCAGCCUCGGCCCUCCUCCGAAAAGAUCGCGGCGAUCGCCGAGAAACUGGACCUGAAAAAGAACGUUGUGCGGGUUUGGUUUUGCAAUCAAAGACAGAAGCAGAAAAGAAUGAAAUUUUCCGCCAACCACUAG